AUGUCCUCUGUUCCUUUACUACUGUCAGUAAAUGAGCUCAAGAACCAGCUUGGCGGUCCUGUUGUUGUUGAUGGAAGCUGGCAUAUGCCUGCUGCAGGACGAGAUCCUUACAAAGAGUUCAAAGAGAAUGGACAUAUCCCUGGAGCACGAUACUUUGAUAUUGAGUCUAUCAAGGACAAGACAAAUCAGCUGCCACAUAUGAUGCCAACAGCCACUCAGUUUGCUGAACAGGUCGGAGAACUAGGCAUUACGAAUGAUGAUCACGUUGUAAUUUAUGACACUGUCGGAUUUAGUUCAGCUGGACGUGUAUACUGGAUGCUCAAGGCAUUUGGACAUGAGAAAGUCUCUAUCUUGAACGGUGGUUUUAAAGCAUGGACAGCUGCAGGUUAUCCAAUCGAAAAAGGCGAAGCCAACAUUACACCAAAGAACUAUGCUGUCCCAACGUUAAAUAAAAACCGAAUCAAAUAUUAUGAUCAGGUCCUUGAAAUUGUAAAGAGCAACAACGACAAGAUCACCAUCAUCGAUGCUCGCCCUGCAGCUCGUUUCACUGGCGCAGCACCAGAGCCCCGUACUGGGCUCUCAUCUGGCCAUAUGCCAGGCGCAAAGAAUGUGCCAUUUAUGGAACUCUCGGAUUUGGAGACAGGAGAGCUGUACAACAAUGAACAUCUGUUGGCCGCAUUCAAGCGUGCAGGCGUCAAUGUGCAACAGUUAAAAGAUACGGCAGUAGAGGGCAAGGAGAUCAUCUUGACCUGCGGUAGUGGCGUCACUGCUAGUGCACUUUACUUUGCACUCGAGAAACUUGGUGUCAACCACUUGGCUGUAUUCGAUGGCAGCUGGACAGAAUACGCGUCAAGACCUGAAAGUAUCAUUGUGAAAGACGUUUAA